AUGACCACUGUUUUUGUAUCUGGCGCAACAGGGUUCAUCGCGCUGCACCUCGUCAAGCAAUUGCUCAAGGCCAACUACAAGGUCAUUGGAUCAGUGAGAUCCCAAGAGAAAGGCCAGAGUUUAAAGUCCAAACUCGACAACAUCAACGUUGCCACGGACAAAUUUUCAUUUGUUGUAGUUGAAGAUAUAGCAGCCAAAGGGGCAUUUGACCAGGCAUUGAAAACAAACCCCGAGGUUGACGUCUUUUUGCACACGGCGUCGCCCGUCACGUUCAAGGUCACUGAUGUCAAGAAGGAAUUGCUUGACCCUGCCGUGGAAGGUACAACCAAUGCAUUGAACGCCAUUAAGGAAUAUGGCAAGAAUAUCAAGCGAGUUGUCGUGACUUCGUCGAUUGCAGCAGUGGGGACAUUUGGAGUUGAAGUUGGCCCCGAUGUCAUCUUCAAUGAAAAAUCGUGGAACCCCAUAACGUGGGAACAGGCGUUGCAAAACCCUCAGAUGGGGUAUCUGGGAUCCAAGACGUUUGCCGAAAAAGUAGUUUGGGACUUUGUCAAGAAAGAAAUCCCGCAGUUCACCGUGGCCACCGUAUGCCCUGGGUAUGUGCUUGGACCUCAAACAUUCCCGAUUGAGAACAAGAAGGAGUUGAACACUUCGGCUGAAACAAUCAACAAGUUGUUGAAGUUGAAACCCAAUGACAAGAUCCCAAAAGGUGAAGGUGUCUAUAUCGACGUUCGCGACGUAGCUAAGGCCCACAUCAAGGCAUUCGAGGAAGAAAAAGCACAAGGUCAAAGAUUGCUUUUGAUUGCAGGGAAAUAUAAUAACCAAGAAAUCGUUAAUAUUAUCAGAGAGGACUUUGAUGUGUUGGACCAGAUCUUGCCUGAGGGGAACCCUGCCGCGGCUAAGGACUUUGCUCCGCGACUUGACAAGUGGCACAAUGAAGAAACGAGAAAGAUUUUGGGGUUCAAGUUUAUCGACUUGCGGCAAUCCGUCGAUGAUGCCGUGGGUCAAAUUUUGAAUGAUACAGUCGAGUGA